AUGGCCUCUGACAUUGCCCGAGACGGCAUAUUUGCCAUCAACAAGCCCUGCGGCGAGAGCUCUGCGCAGGUGAUCCGAGUCUGCCAACAACACUUCAACCCUUCUGCCUAUUUCAAACCCAUGCUCGAAAACGAAGUCGCCCGUCGUCUCAAGGAGUCCGGCGGCCAAUUCAAGCGCCGCAGGCAGGAGAAGAGAGCUGCCCAGGUCAAGAUGGGCCACGGUGGCACCCUCGACCCUCUAGCCACCGGCGUCCUGAUUCUCGGCGUUGGCACCGGUACCAAGCAGCUAUCUCAGUUCCUCGACUGCACAAAAGCAUACGAGACGAUUGUCGUCUUUGGUGCCAGCACCGAUACCUACGACCGCGUCGGCCGCGUCCUCUCCAAGAGGCCCUACGAGCACAUUACAAAGGAGAAGCUGGAAAAGGCCCUCGAGUCCUUCAAGGGCAAGCAGAUUCAAAUACCGCCGCUCUACUCGGCUCUCAAGAUGAACGGCAAGCCUCUGUACGAGUACGCGCGCGAGGGCAAACCGAUUCCCAGAGAGAUCCAAGGCCGCGAGGUCGAGGUUCUUGACAUUGAGCUCGUCGAGUUUUACGAGCCUGGCAAGCAUAACCACCGCUGGCCGACAGAGGAGGCGUCCGCCGCGGAGCGUAACCUGGCGGAGCAGGUUUGGCGCCUCAAAAAGUUGCAAGAGACGGCCAAGAAGCUCACGCCCGAGGAAAGGGAGGAGGACGACAAGGCCAUGGCGGCGCACGAGUCAUUCAAGCAGAAAUUUGAGGAGCGUCAAGACGAUCUCAUUCGAGACUCGCCCAAGCCAUCUCGACAGCGUGGUAGUAGAGAUGCUAUGAUGUCCGGCGCUCUGGGCGCCCUGCCUCAAUCCGCCAAACAUUCCAACAAGGGCUCCAAUCUGGUGCAGCCUGCUCCCGAUAAGAACACUCCGCCUCCCUGGACCGACCAGGGCCCUCCUGCGGCCAAGAUUAGACUCACAGUCACAUCGGGAUACUACAUCCGCAGUUUCUGCCACGAUCUCGGCGCCAAGCUCGACUCGGCCGGCCUCAUGGCGGAACUAUGCCGCACGCGACAGAGCGACUUUACCGUCGGCGGUAUAAACUGUCUCGAAUACGACGACCUGACCAAGGGGGAGGAGGUUUGGGGACCUCUGGUCGCCGACAUGCUCGCCCGCUGGAACGGCGAGCCUGGCGGCAACUGGCAAGCGAGCGGCGACGCCAAAACCAAUGGCACGACAUCCAGCAAGGUUCACGCCCAAGGUGUCAACGGCAACGGCCCGGCCACCCCCUCCAAGGCCGAGAAGCGACGCCGCUCGCCGUCCGUGGACCUGCCCAGAAAAGUCCCUGCCCGGGGUGACGGCGAUAGCCUACGGCCAGACACCCCCCGGCGUUCGGAUGACGAGAAGUCGUGGAACGGAUUUGAGGACUAG